UCCUCCUCGCUCUUGGCUGCAGCUCCGGGGGGGCCUGGAUCAAAAGAGCCCCCCUCGGUCUUUCUCCGCGCCCCCCGCCGCGAGCCACAGCCCAGCAUGAGAAGGGUGGUGCAGCUGGUUCUUUUCUGCCCCCUUUCCAAGGGGCUGCAGAGCCGUCUGCCUGGCAUCAAGGUGAAAUACCUCUUAUUUGUCUGGCUGGGCAUUUUCGUGGGCAGCUGGGUGGUCUACAUGCAUUACUCGUCCUACUCAGAACUCUGCAGAGGACACGUUUGCCAGAUGAUCAUUUGCGAUCAAUAUAACAAAGGAAUCAUUUCUGGGUCAACCUGUAAAGAUCUUUGCAAAGAGCACACCUUGGCGUUUCAACAGUGCCUGUCGUCUUCUCCUACGCAGCAGGUAUACAGCGGGCUCUGGAAGGAGAAAGAGGUGAUCAUCAAAUGCGGUAUCGAAGAGGCCUUGAAGGCCGACGGCAACCCUGACUCAGCCCCCCGGAGAGACGUGGUUCUUUUCAGUAAGCCGACAAGGGGUACCUCGAUGGAUGAGUUCAGAGAGAUGCUGCUGAAUUUCUUAAAAUCAAAUCUAGGUGACCAGAUCUCCCUCGCCAACUUAGUGAACAGGAUCAUUGCCAUGGCAGAUGUCAGUCGGGAUGGGAAACUGUCGCUGGCGGAAGCGAAAUCCAUUUGGGCCCUGCUACAACUGAAUGACUUCUUGCUGACGCUGUCUUUGCACGAGAAGGAACACACCUCCCGGCUGCUGGGCCACUGCGGGGAUCUGUACAUCACCGAGAAGAUCCGCCACACCACCCUCUACACCAUGGAGGUCCCUUGGUUCUUGCAGCCGCUGCUGCCUUCAGCCAUCCACAGUGUCCUCCACCGAUGGUUCUCCCUGGCCUGGCCGCAGCGAGCCAGAAUCGCCAUUGGCCUUUUGGAGUUCGUGGAGGAGAUAUUCCACGGGGCGUACGGGAACUUCUACAUCUGUGAGACGGGCUUCAAGAACAUGGGGUACAACGACAAGCAUGACUUCAAGAUGGUCGACCUCAGGAAGGUGGCGACGGAGAUGACGAUCCGGGGUUUCCUCAAAGGGCGCCACUGUGAGCAGAACACGGACUGCACCUAUGGGAAGGACUGCACAGCGCCCUGCGACAAGCUCAUGAAGCAAUGCAAGAGCGAUGUGGUCCAGCCCAACCUGGCCAAGGUGUGCGGCCUCCUGCAGGAGUACCUGCUCCACGGAGCACCUUCCGACUUGAAAGAGGAGCUGCAGAAGCAACUGAAAACUUGCACAACCCUCAGCGGCUUGGCCAGUCAAAUGGAAGUGCAUCACUCGCUUGUGCUGAACAGCCUCAAGACUCUCUUAUGGAAGAAGAUUUCAAACACCAAAUAUUCAUAGAUACACAGUCUGGGAUGCCGAAUGAAGAAGAGCGAUGGCUUCCCUCUGGUUGGUUCUGCCUGCUUGGCGAAAACAAUCAAUUAUACAUUGUAGGCCUGUGUGAGAACAGUAGACUAGGGCCAGGGUGCACUCCCCCCCAAAUAAUUUGCAAGCAGGAGACAGAAUUUAGUGCAGGGCAAACGGACGAGUGAAGCAACUGAGGUGCCCACCGCACUUCUCUUCUGGAUGGACAAGUCAGCAAAGCAAAGGCAGAGCAAAGCGUCAGGCAGCUUGAGCUGCUUCUUUGGGAUGAACACAUUCUGAUGUAAAUAAACAGAGUUUCUCU